AUGGGCAGCAAUUCCGGCCUAGGGCGCAAGCCCGUGACCAACAGCUCGAACAGCUCGAACAGCUCUGUUCGGCAUUUUACUACAAGCACGAGACGACUUACGUCGCAGCAAGACCAAACCCAACCUCAGCAGCAAAGCCCUGAACAAUCUCUUUCGUUUCUUACCCCUCGCCAACUCGCCAAAUUUCCCCUAUCCCCUCUCAUGGCUCCAAUCGUCACCUCUUUUACCGCUCGCCUCGAACCCAAGCUCCCAGCACCCCUGAAUCCAACUCCCUUCCAGAAACGCCUCCUCCGCAACCCCUACGCCAUCGCCCUCUCCAAGCCUGUCCGCUCGUGCGUACUGACGCGCACCUGGAUCCCACGCUCCUUCCUGCAGCCCUUCGAGCUUGUCCCCCGUCCCGACACGGACGAACUGUGGUAUCUCCCUCGCGACCUCAGCGCGCGCGUGCCGAGGGAUGAAAGGGACGAGACGGAGACUACUAAGCGUGUUCGGCCGGGACGACGGAACUAUGUGCUCGCUAACAAGGAGCUGCUCGAGGCGGUUAAUAAAAAGCGUAGUGGGUUGACGGGGUCAUGGGCGCGAUUUGUGUAUCCGACUGUGGGGCCUGGGGCGAAGUUGAGGUGGCGAGCUGAUAUGGAUGAGUUUGUGUGCAAGAUGAUGAGGAAAAAGGUUGAGGAGGAGCUUGUGGCGCUGAUGAAGUGGAAUAAGGGACAACUUUCGCAUGCGAAAACGUGGGAUGCCGUGUUGAACAAGAAUCAGAUGGGCGCUUUGCUAUGGCUGGGCCCGUACAAGGAGGGGAUGGAUGCACCUGAGCCGCGGGUGGAGGGCGAGGCGGAGGAGAACUUACCUCAAUCUCCUUCGGCUUCCUCGCCGAUCACAGAUGAGAAUGGUCCUGGACCCUUCGCGACGAUUUCUUACCCACCAUACUGGAAGAAGAAACUCCCGCUGCACAACCUUGUUAUGCUGCUUGGCCAAGAGGGUGUCGACAGUUUGAGAGCCCAGUUCCCAAACAUCAUGUGCCACGAGUUUGUCGUGGUCAAGGAUAAGCAACAGACGGUCUCGGUGAGGCAGUGGCUUUGGAAGCUACAGCAGUUUUUGUCUAAGUUAGAAGACAGUUAG